UUCCAGGAUCCCUCUUCUGUCAAUUUUAAUUCUCUGUUCAUGUUCUUAACUUUUAAUUUAUACAAAAAAAUUGUAUAUUUUAUUUUAAGAUUUAAUCAAAAUUGGUAGAAAUACUUUGAUUUUUAUUUCUUUGAUUUUAACGGCUGGCGGUGCUGUAAUAUAUGAAAGGCGGAACCAUGGAUGUUCUCUUUGUGGUGUGCCCUUCUCGGUAUUCUCUCUCCAAAGGCACUUUUCCAGGAUCCCUCUUCUUCACUUCUCGGCAAUCUCUCUUCAAAGAAAAAGGGAUUUGAGCUGUUGUGGUUCAACUGACGCAUGUGACUUGCUGUUGCCGAUCCCCGACAGACUGCCACUGUCUACGGGCUGCCAUCACUGACUCUGAUAGCUGAACAUGGCAGAUUGGGCUGAUCUUCCAGUUGACAUUUUGGUUGUUAUCGCUCAAAGUUUAACUCUAAUAGAGGAUUUUACAUCCUUCACUACUGUUUGUAAAGAAUGGAAAUCAGUGACUUCAAUAUUGAAGAAGAAACCUUCAUUGCCUACUAGAUAUCCUCGGAUCAUGCUCGCUGAAAAAAUAGAUACGGAGGAUCAAGAGAAUCGAGGUGAUCAAGAUGCAUCAGUUCGUUGCUUUCUUAACUUAUUAGCCUCAAAGACAUAUCGGCUCCAGUUGCCAGAAGCGAGUGGCAGGAAGUGCAGAGGAGCACAUUAUGGAUGGUUGUGGACAAUUGGCAUUGAUUUACAAAUCAAUUUAUUGCACCCCUUCUCUAGACAACAAAUUUGCCUACCCCCUAUGCUGACCUUCCCUGAUCAGUAUGAAUAUGAUGAGACAUUCAAGCCACAAGAGGUUUGGGAUUUCUUUGUUAGGAAAAUAGCGAUGUCCUCAAAUCCUCGAAAGGAGAAAAGUUCACAUGAUUAUAAUGAGGAUUGUACUAUAGUUGCUAUUUAUGGAGAAUUUGCUAUAUUGGCUUUUACAAAAUUAGGAGAUACUGUUUGGACCAAUAUCUCUGUCCAUUCUCGCGUUUACCAAGAUAUUAUUUUCUACAAUGGGAAAUUUUAUGCCGUAGAUGUUCAUGGAGUUGUAGUUGUUUGUGACUUUGAUGACGCCAAUGGCCCAAAAGCAACAGUUGUUGCCCCUGCUCCAGUUGAAACUAGUGAUUUGUAUCAGAAGUAUCUAGUUGAAUCAUCAGGACGUCUUUUACUCGUUUCUCGUCUCCGAAAGGGUCUUUUAUUUGAUGACGACGACGUAGAAGAAGAAGAAGAUGAUGUUAACGAUGAGGAAGAGGGUGAUGUUGAUGAUAAUGUUGAUGAGGUGGAGGAUGCCGAAGGCAUUGACAAGGAAGAGGAGAAAGCUAGAUACUAUACGACUGGCUUUUCUGUUUUGAGGUUAGAUGAAUGUCACGAGGAGGGGAAUAAUUAUGCAUAUAGAUUAACUGAAGUGACUAGUUUAGGUGAUCAAGCAUUGUUCUUAGGUAGUAAUGUUUCUACAUCAAUUGCCUCAUCAGAAUGUAUCAAACCAAAUUGCAUAUACUUUACAGAUGAUAAUUGUGAGCUCUAUCUCGAUGAACCUGGUGGAGGUGGCCAUGACAUGGGAAUCUUUAACAUGGAAGACGGAACCAUUCAAUUAAAUUAUGCAGGAGAAUCUCGUAGUUAUAUUUCACCUCCAUUAUGGUGCAUUUGAUUUUCUACGAGUGACUGCAUGUUCUGCUUGUCAUUUUAUUUAUUUCUUUCAAUAUUGACUGGAAGCAAGUAUGUAUUAGUUCUCUUCGAUUUUGUUCAUUUAGUUUCAGACA